CCAUUCCACGCUGUGCUGUGGUGCUGAGCGGUGCUUCCCCUGAAUAAUACUACGUACUGUACGUAUAGUAUCGCAACAUUCCCACCGCCUCCCCAGUAGACGCACACUCCGACGUAUAUAGCAGCACCACCUACUGCCACCACCCCCCCCACCACCUCCUGCUUCUUCUCUCCCUCGCUCUAUCCAUAACGGGUUUCUUCAUAACUUGGAAUUCCAUCCUGCAAACGCAUUUUCCCACCAUACAACCACCAGAUCACUUCCGCUCGCAUAUCCCACUCACAUAUCUACGUACUUGCUGAGCUAACACGCACUUGCAACACGAUGACCAUCUCGAACCCCCCACAAACCCUCUACGACAAGAUAUUCUCCGCCCACAUAGUCGACACCACCCCCGACGGGACUUGUCUCAUCUACAUCGACAGGCACCUCGUUCACGAAGUCACUUCCCCGCAGGCUUUUGAAGGCUUGCGUAAUGCAAACCGCAGAGUCAGAAGAAGGGACUUGACUCUUGCGACCGUGGAUCAUAAUAUCCCGACGACGGGGAACAGGAAGGAUUUCAAGAGUAUCGAGACGUUUGUCGAGGAAGUCGAUUCCAGGACUCAGUGCCAGACGUUGGAGGAGAAUGUGAAGGCGUUUGGGGUUACUUAUUUUGGGCUCUCUGAUAAGAGACAGGGCAUUGUUCAUGUGAUUGGACCAGAGCAAGGUUUCACUUUACCCGGCACGACUGUCGUGUGCGGCGACUCGCACACCUCCACACACGGCGCUUUCGGUGCUUUAGCGUUCGGGAUCGGCACAUCCGAAGUCGAACACGUCCUCGCCACGCAAACCAUCCUGCAAAAAAAGUCGAAAAACAUGCGUAUCACAGUCAAAGGCCAGCUCACCACCGGCGUCACAUCCAAAGACGUGAUCCUGCAUAUCAUCGGUAUCAUCGGCACCGCGGGUGGAACCGGCCACGUCAUUGAAUUCUGCGGCUCCGCGAUCGAGACCCUGUCCAUGGAGGCCCGCAUGUCCAUCUGCAACAUGGCCAUCGAGGCUGGAGCGCGCGCGGGGAUGAUCUCCCCGGACGAUAUCACCUUCGAGUACCUCCGCAACCGCCCCCUGGCCCCCAAGCAAGGGGAGGAGUGGGACCGCGCGGUCGAAUACUGGCGGUCUCUCCGAUCGGAUCCAGGCGCUAAAUAUGACGUUGAGGUCUCCAUCAAUGCAGAGGAUAUCGUGCCCACAGUGACUUGGGGAACAUCUCCUCAAGAUGUCGUGGCCAUCACCGGAACCGUCCCCGACCCCGCAAAGGAACCCGACGCCGCCAAACGCGCAAGUAUGGAACGUUCUUUAGCAUACAUGGGUCUCUCGCCCAACACGCCCAUGGCCGAGGUCAAGAUCGACAAAGUCUUCAUCGGCUCCUGCACAAACUCCCGCAUCGAAGACCUCCGCGCCGCCGCCCGCGUCGCCUACGGCCGCAAAGUCGCCCCCACUGUUCACGCCAUGGUCGUCCCCGGCUCCGGCCUCGUCAAGCACCAAGCCGAAGCCGAAGGCCUCGACAAGAUCUUCACCGCCGCAGGCUUCGAGUGGCGCGAAGCAGGCUGCUCAAUGUGUCUCGGCAUGAACCCGGACCAGCUCAAACCCUACGAGCGCUGCGCGUCCACCUCCAACCGCAACUUUGAAGGCCGGCAGGGCCAAAAAGGUCGAACCCACCUCGUCUCCCCCGCUAUGGCCGCCGCCGCCGCCAUCGUCGGAACCCUCACAGACGUCCGCGCCCUCGUCUCCCACUCCAACCCAAAAUCGGACGCCGAAAUCAACAUCACAGUCCACGACUCGAAAGACUUCCUCCACCACCCCUCGGGCCUCGUCGCCCCAACGUCCGACUCGGACACCUCCGACGUCGAGUUCGAUUCACCCCCCUCCACCCAACCCACCCUAACGCCGCGCUCCCCCGACCUCCCCCCUCCCACAACGGGGAGCAUGCCCCCCUUCACAACCCUCCGUGGCACCGCCGCCCCCCUCCCAAUGUCCAACAUCGAUACGGACAUGAUCAUCCCCAAACAGUUCCUAAAAACAAUCAAAAGAACCGGUCUCGCUUCCGCCCUGUUCUUCGAGUUACGCAACGACGUCUCCACCUCCCCUCCGAGCCCCAAAUCAGACUUUGUCCUCAACAAACCGCCCUAUGAUAAAUCCAAGAUCCUGGUAACAGGCGAGAAUUUCGGAUGCGGAAGUUCGAGGGAACACGCCCCCUGGGCCCUCCUGGAUUUCGGGAUUAAAUGCAUCAUCGCCCCUUCCUUCGCUGACAUCUUCUACAACAACACGUUCAAGAAUGGGAUGUUGCCGCUCGUCCUCCCGCAACACCAAGUCGACACUUUGAUGCGUGACGCGGAAUCCGGGCGGGAAUUGGAGGUGGAUUUGGUGAAUCAGGUUAUCCGCCGCUCCGAUGGCAACGGGGAGAUACCCUUUGAAGUAGAAGAGUUCCGCAAACACUGCCUCGUCAACGGUCUCGACGAUAUCGGGUUGACCUUACAGAAGGAGGACGCGAUUAGGCAGUUUGAGGAACGGAGGACGGGGAGCUGGCCGUGGUUGGAUGGGGUGGCGUAUCGGCAUAAGGGGGGGGUUGUGAAGGUUGCAAAGGGGGGAAAGAUGGGAGGGAAGCAAGGGAAACCGAUUGAUUGGUAGUGUGUGGGGUAUAAGCUUUGUAUGGAUUCAGGUUCUUUUUUUUCGGGGCUUUGCUUGUAUGUAUGUAUGUAUGUAUAUGUCUUCAACAUGGUUUUUAUUUCGCAAAACGAGGGUAGGGGGGUUCAACGGCACUCUCGUUCGGAAAAAAAAGACACGGC